AAGUGUGACUGAAUUCGUGAGUUUGUUUGCUGUGUUCGCCAUCGCAUGAAGGGAUCAAUGGAACUCUUCGAAUUGGAUGACGUUUGUGAAGUGAGGAUCCUCCGGAAGGGGAAGAGGCAGUGACUUUAUUUAGUGGCGAGUCACAUCCGCCACGUCGCAGUGUUGUUAAACGGACAUUUGUGGCUUUUUAUAGGGAGAACGCUUGCCAGGCGAAAACCCACUACGUCCUGGAACACUGCCGUCGAACUAUUCGCUGGAACGGGAUUAACCCGAAUUACCCAGCUGGCACCACGUGGAGGUUGUUCGGCUAGCCAGCCGGAUGCGAUCACAGUGAAACCAGAUAUCCCGUUGGUUGCGAAUGGAUCUGGAACCUGUGGACUGAUAACGAAAACUAGUGCCGACCUCUAAAACCCCUUUGUUCUUGGAACACUCUCCUCGCGCCAUGCGAUUGUUCGUUAUGAAAGCGAAAACGCUGCAACUACCUAUGGAUUUUACGAGUCAGUCUACAGCAAACGAUGCUGGCAAAAUGCAACCCUCAGGCUACCCUGUUUUCGCACCUGAUUUCAUAUCUUAUUUCUUCGAUAGGGAGAAAAAGAUCGCCGAAGUUUUGAAAUCCAUUUCUUCAUUACAAGACACGCAACGAGAAUUGCAAGUUGCGGACGCUAGCGCAUCUCACAGCUACAAUUCAGUUUCCGUCCAGUUGGAAGCCAUUAUACAGAAGCGUGCAGAUCUACGCUCCAAAUUUCUCCAGAUUCUUCUCUGCAUUCAGCACUUCUGUCCGGUGUGUUCGUGUUCAAACGCAUUUUCUGCGCAGCCAUUUUGCUCUGCUACCGUGUUUGUUGAUUCGUAG